AGGGCUUCAGAUCUAAUUAAUUUGAUAAUUAUUAACCUCAAAACAUUAGUACGAGGCAGGAAAAUACGAUUGAAAUAAUAUAGCCUGACGGCUGACAGUGCUGGGUGCUAUAUUUAGUCUGUGGUACCAGUUAUAAUUUUAAAAGAAGACUGUCAAAGAAUUUUUAUUCUAUGCUUUUGCUUGCUUUUCUAUUGUAUAAUGUCUAUUCUCUAUCCAUAUUUCAGGCGCCUAGUCGUCUAUACAGUAUAAAAUAUGUUCAGCUAACCUUGUAACCUUACGUAAGGUAUAUUCAAAAUGGGAAAUAAAGUAUCGGCAGAAGCUGUAAACAUAUCAUCUCCCGUUCAAAAUGGAAAUCCACCACCUGAAUGCCCUAUGCAUAAUAAGGCGGAAAAACCAAAAAGCACAGAUGCACGGCCAUCGGAAUGUCCUGUUCAACAUGAUAACAGCAUUAAUCCAUAUAACAUGAUGCCACCAGCAAACCAACAGCCUGCUCCUGACCAACCAUUUCAACUUCCAACUCAAAGACAAGUAUCAACUAUUCCUCGUGCCAUGCCUGAUGGGUCAACAGAAUUUUGGGUAUAUCCCAGUCAACAGAUGUUUUGGAAUGCAAUGCUACGAAAAGGUUGGCGCUGGAAAGAUGAAGACAUAAAACCAAAAGAUAUGGAUGACAUAAUUAAAAUACACAAUGCCAACAAUGAGCAAGCUUGGCAAGAAGUCUUAAAAUGGGAAGCAUUACAUGCUAAAGAGUGUGGGCAUCCUCGACUUAAGAGUUUUGGUGGUAAAGCCACUCAGUAUAGCCCUAGAGCCCAAAUGAGGUCACUGUUAGGGUGUGGAAAAGAUGUACGAUACAUUAUUGAUUAUUAUGAUGGUGGAGAAGUAGACAAUAAGUAUCAGUUUGCCCUGUUAGAUGUGAGGCCAGCAAUGGAUUCUUUUGAGAAUGUGUGGGAUAGGAUGAAGGUUACAUACAUGAGAUACCGCUUUGAGUUUUUGGGAAAUAAAGAAAAUCCUAAAUUAACUAAUUGAAUCUGAUAAGUGUUACUAUACUAAUUAGAAUAGGCAUUUGAGUACCUAAAAUUGUUAUGCAUUAUAUGUUUGGGACUUAAUUAAAUUCCAUCUAAUUAACAAUUAUUAGCUUAAAGUAUUAUGUUCUUCCCAACACAUUAACUCUUUUAGAGCCAAGGACCGCCAUUGAGCUUCUCUCACUAGUUUUGAAAAAUGUCAGCAUCUCAAUAAUGCUCCUUUUAACAGUAAACAUAUAGUAUUCAAUUUCUGUAUUUUUAUAUCUUCUGAAGUGAAUGUAGAAAAAUUAUGAAUAUUGGUGUAUAAUAAGAGAAAUGAUGAUUUUUUUCACAUAAAUUAUAUAUAAAAAUGCACAUUUUUUACCAUAUAUUUUUGAAAUCUAUGGCACUAAAAGGGGUUAAUAAUCAUUGUUAACUGGUAAAAGUUAUAAAAUGUGGAGUUGUUCAUUCGACAAAAUUGUCACUGCAGUGACUCUUUGUGAUUUUUUAUUGUAAUUUAUUGCUUCUCUAACACUUUACCUACCUUUAAAAAAAUUAAGUCUUAAAUAAUUUGAUGACAAAAAACUACAUUACCAUUAUCAACUAGUUGACAUGUCUUGAUCAGUAAGAUUAUAUUGAGCACAUUUGUCUAAAAUUUAAAUGCCACAAUUAUUGCUAAAAUUAGCCUACUAAUUACAACAUUUUUAUGUCCUUCAUAGUGUAUUUAAUUCAUAAACCGAAAGUUAGGUAGUGAUUUUGUAGGUUCACCUUAGAGAGAGUUACACUAAAUUAAUUUCGGAAAGUGUUAAAUGUUUCCAUAAAUAAAAUGUAAAGGUUU